CUCCGCCCCCUCCUCGCUGCCGACGCGCCGUGCGCAAGCGCGCAGCUUUUCCAUGUGUGUUCAGGCCGUCAGCCCGACCCGGCUGAAGAGAGACGCCAAGUAGCGUCGGAGACUAGAAACCUUCACGGGCCCGGCGGCCCCCAUCGCCUGUUGCUGUCUUCCUCUCCCGGUCUCUCACGGCAGCCUCAGUCGCCAUGGGUAAGAGUCGGACGAAGCGCUUCAAGCGACCUCAGUUCUCCCCUACCGGUAGCUGUCAGGCCGAGGCGGCGGCCGCGGCGAACGGGACCGAAGACGAGGAGGACGACGGGCCGGCGGCGGAGCUUCUGGAAAAGCUCCAGCACCCGAGCGCCGAGGUCCGCGAGUGCGCCUGCGCGGGGCUGGCCCGGCUAGUGCAGCAGCGGCCGGCGCUGCCGGACCUGGCGCGCCGCGAUGCCGUGCGCCGGCUCGGGCCGCUGCUGCUGGACUCCAGUCUGGCGGUCAGGGAGACGGCCGCCGGAGCUCUGAGAAAUCUCAGUGCUUGCGGAGGUUUUGAAGUUUGUGAUGACAUGGUGGCUAAGGAUAUCAUGACACCCUUGGUGGCGCUGCUGAGAGAGUGUAGCGCUGGACUGGAUUCAAAUGAAAUGUCUCCACCGGAGAAAGCCGAUAAGAACAGAAAUUCUGUUGAGAGCAUAGCCAAUGAGGCUGUGAACGUGCUGUGGAAUAUAUGUGAAUGCAGUAGUAGAGCAGUGUCUAUAUUCAACAAAGAAGGGUGUUUGGAGAUUGUGUUAAAGUACUUGCGUAGGUUCCCCACCAGUGUUGACCUGGCUGUCUCCGUAGCAUACUGCUUACAGACAGUCACCGAAGAUAACCCAGAGCUCCUGAAGUCUUUUGAUGGCACAGCACUGCGUGUGCUGGAGUCUGCUUUGCUUUGUCCUGUCACCUCUAUGGAGUACAUUCUCCUAAAGACACUGGUGGCAGGCACAAUAUGGAACCUAAAGGACAUUAUUCCAUCUAAGAGUCAGGCAGAAAUCAUAAAUGCCAUACUGAAGAUCUUGUCUGAAGUUCUGGAGGUGAACGCUGCUGACACAGUCAUUCAGAUGAAGGAGGCUGAAACCCAGCGGUUAAAAACAGCUGCCGAGACUGAGGACAUACUAGCAAAUGCUAAUGGUGAUGGUUUGGUUGAAGAUGAUGAAAUGGAGGAAGUUCCCCAUAAAAGAAAACUCAGAAGGAAAACGUUUAUUUCCGAUUUACUUCCACCUACUGACAAGGAGCUUCGAGAGACGAUGGCAUUGCUGACUGCUCAGCAGACGGCUCUGGAAGUUAUUGUCAACAUGUGCUGCAGUGAAGAUCCCUCAGAUGAUGAGUGGGAAGAGCUUUCUAGUAGUGAUGAAAGUGAAGCCUUUAUGGAAAACUCCUUCAAUGAGUGCAGUGGGCAGCUGCUGUCCCCAUUGUGCCUGUCCCAUGAGAUUCACACUGCCCUCACCAACUGCCUCAUCCCAAAGAAGGUUUUUGAGAAAACUGCUUCACCAAACAGUGUUGCCAUUGACAUAUGUUCUAGGAACCCUACUUGGAAACCUUUGAUUAGGAAAUUGAACACUAUUCAGUGUAGAGCCCUUAUGUGUCUUCAGAGUCUUGUGUCUCUCCUGGACCUGGACCAUCUUGGAGGAGCCCCAGCUCUUCAGACACUUGCACAACACCUGUCACAACUUCUUUUUUCUCAGCCAGAUUUUGCUAAACAUGCUGAUUUUCUAGAAGCCAUAAGUAGUGCUUUGAGGGCCCUUUUGCAAACAAUGGCUGCCAAGAACAUUCCACAGUGUAUGACACCUGAGCAGCUGAUGACACUAUGCAGAGCAGGCAUUCAUAGCAGCAGCAUCGGGGUAAGAGUGAAUGUGGUCAGUAUUUUGGGGAUCACUGGCAGCGUCCUAGCCAAGGAAGAUGGCACACUUGAAACUCUUAAGACCAUUGGGUGCUUUCUGCUGGAAGUUGCCACCAAAGACCCUUCCCUCGUGGUAACAGGAGAGGCUUUGGAUGCCCUCUUUGAUGUUUUUGCAGAUGGUGAAGAAGCUGAAAAGGCCUCAGUUCAAAUUAAAUUGUUAUCAGCUUUGAAAGAAUUCCAGCCAGUCUUCAAGACGAAGAUACGGAAAGAAGGGAGGGGCAAAUACAGUCCAGAUCAGCUGUGUGUUCUUGACAACGUGAAGAUGAAUUUGAGACGGUUUAUUGCUUACCAGGAAGCUGUUGAGAAAAGACUGACUUCUUAAACCAUCAGGAGGACCAGAGCUGGGGCUGGCUCAGCAGCUGCAUGCCUAGCUGGCAUGCACACUUUCUCAAAGCCCAAAGCUCUUGAGAAAAUAGAAUGAGAGAGAGACUGCUUCUCCCGGUGUAAGAAUACUAAAGGGUUUCCUUUGAAUGUACAAGCUUCCAGAAGCCUUUUGUUUCUUUUUUGAGACAGGUUCUCCCUAGGUAGCCCUGCCUGGCCAAGAACUCACACAGGUCUAUAGGCCUCAGUUUCCUAAUUGCUGGGAUUUAAAGUAUUCGACACCACACCUGGCCUCCAAAAGCCAUUUUUUUUUUUUUUUUUUUUUUGGUUUUUCGAGACAGGGUUUCUCUGUGUAGCUUUGCGCCUUUCCUGGAACUCACUUGGUAGCCCAGGCUGGCCUCGAACUGACAGAGAUCCGCCUGGCUCUGCCUCCCGAGUGCUGGGAUUAAAGGCGUGCGCCACCACCGCCCGGCUCAAAAGCCAUUUUUUAAUGCCUCUGUUUUGGAUAAUAGUUUGAAGUUGAGAACCUGUCGGAAAUGUGUGUUAAGGCCAGAAAUCUCUGGCCUGCUGUUACAUCUCCAGCUUAUAUUAGCCACUGAAAAUGAAGAGUGGAAACCCACUAUAAUCUCAGGAGGUCCUCUUCUCGGUGCUGGGGGCAGCAUUCAGGACCUUGUUCCUGCUAGGCCAGCAGCACUCUACCACUGACUACACCCUUAGCCCUCAAGUGGUUCUUAACUACUUUGUGGGCAGUAAAGAAACUUGAGGCUAUUAUGUCCUUGAGCUUUGUAAGAAAAGAAAUUAAGUCAUUGGAUAUUCUUUAAAGCCAGUAUCAUUUUAUAUUUGCUAAAUUUUAACUGAAAUAUGAAUAUAAGCUUUAUAAAAUAUUUUGGUAUGGAGUACUGUAUACCUAUUAUGACUCUUGUGAAGUAAAUGACUUGAAUCUCAGUAGAUAAUGAGCUAAUGAGGGGAUUGCAUUCUGUACAGGAGAUCUGAGCAGUUAUUCUGUGUAAUACCACUCCUUGUCUUAAUUUGAUAUAGAAUCAGAAUUAGUAGAAAAAGCCAGGCCUGGGGGUGUACACCUUUAAUCUCAGCUCUUAGGAGGCAAGGCAGGUGGAUCUCUGAGUUCAAGGCCAGCCUGGUCUAAAGAGCAAGUUCCAGAAUGGCCAGGACUACACAGAGAAACCCUCUCUCAAAAAGAAAAAAAAAGAGAGAGAGAGAGAGAGAAAAGAAAAGAAAAAGAAAGAAAGAAAGGAAGGAAGGAAGGAAGGAAGGAAGGAAGGAAGGAAGAAAAAAAGAAUUAGUAGAAAAUAUUUUUGAAUAAAUAACUUUUUUUUUUUUUUUUUUUUUUGGUUUUUCGAGACAGGGUUUCUCUGUGUAGCUUUGCGCCUUUCCUGGAACUCACUUGGUAGUCCAGGCUGGCCUCGAACUCACAGAGAUCCACCUGGCUCUGCCUCCCGAGUGCUGGGAUUAAAGGCGUGCGCCACCACCGCCCGGCCUGAAUAAAUAACUUUUAACUGGA